AUGACACGUGCAACACGGCAAAAAGAAAAGGAGGAGGAACAGGCCGGACAUCGCGCGACAAGGAGGUUGUCUCAACAGACCGAUAGGGAGGGUGGUGGCGGCUCUAAAGGUACUAAUGCGUCCGCCGCGCGUGGCAGAGGGCUGAAAAAAUUGGCGGGAAAAAAGGCCGCGUUUGGAAAGGAGAAGUCCGGCAAGAAGGCGGAAGAGAAGGGGAAGCAACCAACGCCACGUAAGCAUGUUUCUACCAUGAAAAAAGAUGCGGAUGUUGCCUCUGGUAGAACCGAUCCCGGUCCGACUAACGACGGCACCAUCGGCGGCAAAGAAGAUCCGGGGCGAGGGAGCGUGAGUCUUGCAGUCCCGUCGGCGGAGAGAGAGGGGUCGGCGACAGGGGGAAACCACGGCGACUCUCCCCGCGCCGAGCAUGGCGCAACCCAGGAGUCCGAGGCGGAGGCAUCCCAACAUGGACUGACACUGCUCCAGCCGACCGUGGUCAAAAUUUCUGCUGCCGUGGUGGAUAAGGCCAAGGCGGGGGAACAUAGCAUCGCCGACGUAGGUGGCUCUCCUCCUUCUGGUGGACGUGGGAAGCGUAGGCAGAGGAAGAGCGAUGGGGAAGAAGAGUAUGACACCGCCGUGCCCGGGGACAUCAAUACGCGGUCGAAGAGGCGGCAGACAAGCCGCGGUGCUGAUGUCGCCGGUGGUGCGGAAGUUGGGACAACGCGAGGCGCCAGGGAAGCAAGUGGCAAGGCGACGGGUCAUGCAUUGCGCAAGAAGGGCCGACCCGCAGCGAGGAGAACAUCCGGCGGAAGGAGGGGCAAGAAAGAUGAGGGGGAUGCGGGGGAUGAGGAGGAGGAGGCUGAUGAGGAGGAGGAUGCGGAGGAAGAGGAGGAUGAAGAGGAUGCGGAGGAGGAGGACGCGGAUGUUGGGGAGGAAGAAAAAGAUGAGAAUGAUGACGAGGAGGACGAAGAGGAGGAGGAGGAGGAGGAGGAGGAGGAGGAGGAGGAGGAGGAGGAGGAGGAGGAGGAGGAAGAGGAGGAGGAGGAGGAGGAGGAGGAGGAGGAGGAGGAGGAGGAGGAGGAGGAGAGGGACGACGAGGAUGAGGAGGAGGAGGAAAAGGAGGAGGAGGAGGAGGAGGAGGAGGAGGAGGAGGAGGAGGAGGAGGAGGAGGAGGAGGAGGAGGAGGAGGAGGAGGAGGAAGAGGAGGAGGAGGAGGAGGAGAGGGACGACGAGGAUGAGGAGGAGGAGGAGGAGGAGGAGGAGGAGGAGGAGGAGGAGGAGGAGGAGGAGGAGGAGGAGGAGGAGGAGGAGGAGGAGGAGGAGGAGGAGGGGGAGGAGGAGGAGGAGGAGGAGGAGGAGGAGGAGGAGGAGGAGGAGGAGGAAGAGGAGGAGGAGGAGGAGGAGGAGGAGGAGGAGGAGGAGGAGGAGGAGGAGGAGGAGGAGGAGGAGGAAGAGGAUGCAUUGGGCCACCGGUAA